AGGAGAUUCAUGGAGAACAACGCGGGGCUGCUGCUGAUCGCAUCUGCGCAGCUGUUCUUCGCCCUCAUGAAUGUGGCCGUUAAGAUGUUGAAUAGCCUGGACGAGCCUGUGCCUACGCUUGAGCUUGUAUUCGUCAGAAUGCUUAUCACGUACAUGUGUUGUAUCACUUACAUGCUCGUAAUGGGAGUGCCAGAUCCAUGGCUCGGACCCAAGGGCGUCCGAUUACUUCUGGUAACUCGAGGCUUCUCUGGUUUCUUCGGCUUAUUCGGAGUCUACUUCUCCCUCAACUAUCUUUCUUUGUCUGACACGACCGUACUCACUUUCCUCGGCCCCUUGACCACCGCUGCCGCGGGAGCGCUGAUACUAAAGGAGAAGUUCACCUUGAGAGAAGGCAUCGCCGGGCUUUUCAGCUUGCUAGGCGUCGUUCUCAUCGCGAGACCACGAUUUCUAUUCGGCAGUGCACCGCAGGCCCCUGACUAUGGACAUGUCCUCGAAGGGGGGCACGGUGACCCCUACGAGCGGGGGACGCCAACGGAACGCGUUAUGGCGGUCGGGCUCUCGCUACUCGGCGUCCUCGGAGGGACUGGCGCAGCGCUCUGCAUACGUAAAAUCGGGAGACGCGCGCAUGCUGUGCACUCGCUCACGUCUUUCUCCAUAUACUGCGUCGUGGCCUCAGGUCUAGCGAUGUUGUGGCAGCGCCCGCACCUCGUCUUCCCCACUCGCCCAGAGUGGAUUCUGAUGCUUCUCUUCAUCGGAGUAGUUGGCUUCGUCGCUCAGACGAUGGUAACCCUGGGUUUACAGCGUGAAACUGUCUCGCGUGGAUCGAUGGGUAACUACGUCCAGAUUAUAUUCGCUACCGCUUUCGAGCGCUUCUUCUUCCACACAACCCCGUCCGCGCUCUCGAUCUUCGGUACACUGAUCAUCAUGACCUCUGCCAUCUACGUCCUGACCAAAGAGAAUACGAAUAUCCCCGCGCACCGCGGUGUUGGCCUGAACAAUGGCGAAGCCACUCUGGAAGAAGGUUUGUUACGCAGCGCGGAUUAUGAUGAGCAUGACGAGCAUGAAUUGAAGGAGCGGCACGAGGUGGGUGAGUACAAGGAGGGUAAGGCGGAGAGUUGAUGGCUGGGAUAGUCGUGAUUUUUCAGUGCAAAUGUUAAAAGUGGGACUUAGAGUCCCGUCCAGAACGACGUUCAGUUGCUUAUACUGGGGUAUUGGUGUUUCACUGCUAAAAUAGACAAAACUCCUGUGAGUGCGUGCAUAGAUAGGUGUAGAAUAGAUGUUGUAUUUCGUUUUGAUACGCAUGUGUAGCCCCUAUUGGCAGUCUUAGACAUUCAUUUUCGGUUCUUGUACGUCGC